AAAAUGUCGCUCCUAGUUGUUAAUCGCACAGUACUGAAGUGCUCUGCUUUCUCUGUUCCCUCUCCACCAUGUAAAGCGAAAUUCCUGCUUUUUUCCCUUCUCUUUCUCUCUCUAUCUGAUAAAUAUUCCCAUUUUGUUCGCUCUGAAGAUCUCCACUUCUCUUGGAAUCGGCCUGCUAACUGUCUUCAUGGCUGUUUAGUGAAUGCUGGGGUGGAAUAUUUGAGGCAAAUAAGCUCUGCAAGUUGAUUUCAUAAUUUAAUUCUUAUGCUCUGGACUCAGAAAUAUGUCAAGCGGAACUGUGAGAAGGGUCUCACGGCAAGAUAUUCAACUGAUCCCCAGAGAACUGGAUAUUAGUUGUAGGAAUAGCUGACAAAGCAGGUUUAGACCUUCAUAAAUAGUUGAGCCAUUACCCCGAGGAACUUACUUGUGAGGUCAGAUGACAUAAGUUUACAGGCAAAUGGAACAAAUUCCUUAACUUAUUUUUCUCGAGUUCGAAGUCUUAUAGAGCGAUGCAUUCAGCUUGAUAUGAGCAGAAAAGAAGUCGCAGAAACACUUUUGAAUCAUGAAAAUAUUGACCCUAGUUUCACGGAGCAAGUUUGGCAGAAGCUCGAAGAGGAGAAUCAGGAAUUCUUCAAUGCAUAUUAUCUGAGACUGAUGGUGAAGAGCCAGAUUAUUGAGUUCAACCGGUUGCUUGAACAGCAGGCAAGAAUGAUGCACCAGAUACAUCCAUGUGCUGUGACUGCACUAUCUAGUUCUAACGGGUCCCACGUCCAACCUGUACAUCAAAGCUGCUAUGCUCCGGAGCAUACAGGACCUGCUUUGAAACAAGAUGACAUAGACCACCCUGUUGGUGUCAGCUUAGGCAAUGCAUAUUCUAAUGGUACCCAACCUGUACACUCAACUAUGCACACUGCAGUGGACAUGUCUUCUCAUGGCAUGAAUGAUGCUGCACCUCAGAGCUCAAAUGUAGGUCUGUUUCAAGGAAUAAAUGGAGGGAUGAUAAAGCUAGAAACUGGAUAUUCAAACAGUUCCCCCUACAUGUUUGGAACAGAGGGAAAUGUCCUUGAUGCACGUCAAUCAAUUGGGAACGCAUCAGUUGCAUCUUUUGCUAGUGUUGAUUCCAACACACCGUCCUUCAAUGAAUCACUUCUUGAUCCGGAUCCCUCUUCAUUUGGAUUCAUUAGUCCAAUUACCAGGAAUUUUAGUCUCUCAGAUCUGACAGCAGAGUUUUCCCAGGGUUCAGAUAUACUGGAUAGCUAUGCCAGAUGUCCCUUUUUACCACCAGAGGCUGAUAACAUUCUUGAUAAUUGUGAGAAUGGAGACCGUCUUGAUAGCAAAAGGUUGGACACUGUAUCAGAGAGCUUGAGUUAUGAAGACUUCAGACACAAUUAGCUGUGAAGAAGAAAUGUACAUUAUGUAAUGUAUUUUACAGACAUGUGGAGCAUGCAAGCUGCUUAUUGAUGAACUUUUAAAGCAGUUGUACAUGAUUAAAGGCACAUGGGUUUGCUGGCAACCUUAAAAUUGAUGCAUCAAAUAUCAUGAUUUUGUUGCUAUACUUGUGCAGAUGAUUGUACAUAAUCAUUGUAGAGCUGGAGAAGGCUUUCCAAUUUAUACCGAAACUUACUGAUUCAUAUGCGCCAGUUCCACUGAUAUCAUUAUGCAGCGACAAAGGAGUUUUCCUUUAGAACACAGCACAGCUCCAGAUUACUAGAGCACAGGUUAACAUCAAGAAUGGAAAUAAUAUAUCACAGUGAUUCUGAAAACAAUCUAUUAACCUUUUAAUGUUUGAUGUUUUGAUUGAUGAUUGCGGUAUUGGAAGAAGUGAUUGUAAUGAUCCGAUGAUUAUGCUGAGUGUAGAGAUUGUUAGAAUCAAUACAGGAUGUUGGUUGGGUUGAAGUUGAGCAUUGAAUUCAUGGAGAUGGCCAUACUGUCUUUAAUUGAA